AACAAUACCUGGCCCGGAUCAGGUUGCUUAUCUACAUACGGACAGAAAAGACAUGUUUACAGUAUCAUGGAGCGGCUCCGACUCCUGUUUAGGAACGGAGUGAUCUUAUGUGGUUUCAAGUUCAACAUGGCGGGCCACCUCCCAACGGUAUGAACAAGAGAGCGCCCAUGACUAGACGACGUAGAAGAAAAGUAGAGAGUUUACCAGAUCUAGUGACGUCAUUUAGAACUCAGGAAAUGGACGAUACCACAGACCCCGGAUGGGGAACAGGAGUGAAGACUCCAUACAGAUUACCCAGGCUGCACCUGGGCGACGCAAAAAAUGAGGGCGAACUUCCUAGGGGCAAUCCACCAGUGCAUCCGGAGGGGUACUACACCAGGAGCACGAGAACUCCGCCACCACUGGAGAUCAGCACGUCGUCCAUCCUCCUCCCGGCACAGUCUCUGGCGCAGCUCGCCCGGCAGAGAAGGCUCGAGGUGCCGAAGUUCAGGGCCGCCAUGGUCCGGCCCAGGUACACGGCCAUCCCGCACACACCGCCACAGUCGGUCAACAUGGACCACGACGAUCUGUCUGUAUCAACAACGGCAUACCCUAGUUUAUUCCGCAAGACGCCGCACUCAUUACAGAGGGACCUUCUUCCCACCCCGUCGCUACGUUCGCGGCAAGGCGGCAGCAGCCCUGACUGGAAGCUGUCGUCAUACCCGCCUAAUGUCUACGACUCAAAGGAACAAGGGUACACCGGACCCUACUCACGUGAGUUUAUCGUCCACUGCACGGCUCCCAACAAUUGGCUGAGAAUGAAGCUACGGAAACACGUCAGAACCACCCCCGCCAGAUGAGGCGCCAUCAACCUGGAUGCCAUGGGAACGGGACAAAAUGUAGAUUAUAUGUAAAUUAUACAGGGGUUGCAUAAAUUGUAUUGACUUCUUUGAAAGGGAAUGAAAUAUGUGAACUCUGUUGCAAACUUGCCAUAAUACUUCUCAAUGUACAUAGUAUGCAACUGACUGGUUGGCUAUUGUUUUAAUUGGCAUUAGAGGAAACAGAAUUAUGAAAUGAAACAUUCCUGUACUUAGUAUCACUUUGUGCAACGGUAUUUGCCUGUACCAAAAGGUCUACAACAAUUAUGUGAACAGCUCUUUUUCAUUGUCUGUAAAUAUCAGAUAAAGAUUAUCUAACAAAUAAUGAUGGAAUGUUAUCGCACAAGUGCGCAUGCGCAGAGUCGGCUGGCCAUAUCUUGUUUUACUAUAAUUUCAUACACAACGUAAUAUGUUAGAAUUAACUUUUAUUCGAUUUGUGUCUUUUAAAUAAGCCA